GUUUCUAAUAAAUAAAGUACGAAGGAACUAACAAAUGGUGAGGGCACCUUGUUGUCAGAAAGUUGGGCUAAAGAAAGGAAAAUGGACUGCUGAAGAAGAUGAAUUAUUGGUGAAUUAUAUUCAAGCUAAUGGAGAAGGUUCAUGGAAAUCUCUUCCCAAGAAAGCUGGUCUAUUAAGAUGUGGAAAGAGUUGCAGAUUAAGAUGGACAAAUUACUUGAGACCAGACUUGAAGAGAGGCAAAUUUACUGCAGACGAAGAUGAGACCAUCGUCAAAUUGCAUAGCUCCUUGGGAAAUAGGUGGUCUUUGAUAGCGAACCAUUUACCUGGCCGAACAGAUAAUGCAAUAAAGAACUACUGGAUCUCUAACUUACGUCGAAGACUCUACUCCUUCAGAUUGCACAAAAAGCUCAUCAAAACCACUGCAGAAUUGCCUAAAAUGGCAGUUGCUGCUGCCGGCAAUUGUGAAUCCUCGAGAAAAUACGGACGAGUAGGUCGUUCCAAGGCUAAAAAUUACAAAAAUAUUAACUCGACCACCUUUGAGUCCAUCGGAAAAGUCAAAUCCUCAUGUUCAAGAGGCAAGGGUACUGGAGUUAUGUGGUCUGAAGAGGGUUCAAUUGAAUCCCUUUUGCCGGAAAGUUAUACCGUUGAUAUAGGACUAGCCAUGCAACGACACGAACAUCAAGGAGAAUCAGAGAUAAAUGAGUCGAGGAACGAGGAAGGUGAAGACAAGAACAAGAAAUACAUUAAUGUUACACCAGAAAAACAAGAUGUGUGGUCCUUUGAGGAACAAGAACUAGGACAAAUACAUGAACAGAAUGAAGGAAAUGAAACCGUACUUGAACAGCAACAUAAUGAAAACUGGCAUGAUUUUGAUAAUUGGUGUGACAUGAAUUUCGAUCAUUUAUAUGAGGAGGAAUUAUGGGAUGAUCAGUGGAACAGCUUGAACUUGGAGUUUGGAUCCAAUGAAGAGUGUACUUACUCGGAUAACAUGUUACUUUGGUUAUGGAAUGAUAAAUAGGACUUUUAUAUAUGUAUUACAGUAUUAGCUAGUGUACGAAAUUUUUGAAGAUGAACUAAUUAAGGAACUUUUCGGCUAUAAAUAUGAG